AUGGCAGCUUCAGUCCCACCGUCGCCAAUCGACGACCGGCCCAACUUCGACCUCAAUCUCCAACACGGCCACAAGGACCUGGUCCUGGCCGUCGCCUUCAACACCUACGGCGACCGGUGCGCAACGGGCUCCGUCGAUGGCAAGAUCCGUGUAUUCAAUCGCCACAAGGAUGGCAUCUGGCGUCUGUGCGAUAACUGGAGCGCGCAUGGCGGUGAGGUCCUCGAGCUCCAAUGGCUCUCCGCCACCAUCUACCCCAACAUAAUCGCCUCCCUCGGCAUCGAGGGCUGGUUCUGCCUCUGGGCCGAGGACCCCUCCGCGGCGCCCGGCCGCCGCUUCUGCUCAGGCUCAUCCCGCUCCGCCAGCUCAGGCACCGGCCGCCCGGCCUUCAGCUCGCGCUCCCCCAGGUCCCCCUACCGCUCCUUCAGCAUCAAGCACAACGAGGAGAACCGCCACACCUACCUCGCCCUCCUCGCCACCGACGGCCGCCUCACGGUAUUCGAGAACGAGCAGCCCGAGCACCUGUCCGAGUACGUCUCCAUCGACGAGUUCUCCGUCUGCCCCAAGCCGAGCCGCGGCGAGGAGGUGUCCUUCAAGGUGCGCUUCGACCCGAACCCGGAGCCGUGCUACGCGGCGCUGCGCGCGGGCGUCAUGACGGACUCGCUGGGCCUCGUCGUCGCGGGGAUGGACACCGUCAAGGUGUACCGCUCUCGCGAGAUCGUCACCACCGCCCUGGGCGUCCAGAGCAGCCAGAAGGAAUUCUACCCUGCGGUUGAGAUCACCGGCCACCGGGGUCUGGUGCGAGACGUCGCAUGGGCGCCGGGGAAUAUCAGAGGCUACGACAUGAUCGCCACGGCCUGCCAGGAUGGCUAUGUCCGCGUAUAUCGGCUGGACACACCCGACUCCAGCUCUAACGGUUCCUGGUCUGUUGCAAACCUUCACAAGCCUGUCGCGGAUAAUGGCGACAGCAACGAAUCUGCGAUCGCCAAGAGCGGUCCCCUAGAAAAGCACUCCCAUCACUCCUCAAGCCUCAGCGCAAGUCUGGCCAAGUCUGGGGCCAAUGGAGAUAGAGUCUGGGCCGGGCAGCCUGGGCAAGUGAAGCAUACAUACAAGGAGAUCUCCAGGCUGGACAACGACCGCACCCCCAUCUGGCGUGUCGGCUUCGACGACGAUGGCCAGAUUCUAGGCACAACCGGCGAUGAUGGGCGUUUACUCUGCUACCGUCAGACUCCCGAUGGCUCAUGGGCUAAGAGCUCGGAGCUAGCCAUGAUGAAGACGCGGAUGGUUGCGCCGUGA